AUGGCAGCUCAAACUCCCGCCGUUGUCAUGGACAAUGGCACCGGUUUCUCGAAACUUGGUUUCGCCGGCAAUGAUUCCCCAUCCUUCGUCUUUCCUACAGCAAUCGCCACGAAAUCUGCAGGUGGUGUCGGAGGCGGAUCGGGCGCCGGUCGACCUGCUGUCGCAAAUAAACCCUCGUUCCUCUCCGGGGGUGCGGCGAGCGCUGGUUCACAACUGUCGGCAAAGCGGGGGACGGAAGAUUUGGAUUUCUUCAUCGGAGAUGAAGCUAUCAAUGCAUCGGGCGGCCCUGGGUACGGUAUUAGCUAUCCGAUUCGCCAUGGCCAGAUCGAGAACUGGGACCAUAUGGAACGAUUCUGGUCGAAUUCCAUCUUCAAAUACCUCAGAGUGGAACCCGAAGAUCACUAUUUUCUUCUGACGGAACCGCCAUUGAACCCUCCAGAGAACCGAGAAAAUACUGCAGAGAUCUUUUUCGAAUCGUUCAAUUGCGCCGGCCUCUACAUCGCAGUCCAAGCAGUCUUAGCCCUAGCAGCCUCGUGGACGUCCUCUAAGGUAACUGACCGCUCUCUCACUGGCACGGUAAUCGACUCCGGUGACGGUGUCACCCACGUCAUUCCCGUUGCAGAGGGGUAUGUUAUUGGCUCGUCCAUCAAAAGUAUACCAAUUGCCGGGCGAGAUAUUACGCAUUUUGUGCAAAACCUACUCCGCGAACGACAAGAAGCAGACAGCUCAAUGAAAACAGCAGAGAAAGUCAAGGAGGAAUAUUGCUACGUCUGCCCAGAUAUCGUCAAGGAGUUUGCCCGCUAUGACCGCGAACCCGACCGAUUCCUGAAACACACCGUGACCUCGCCCAACGGACGAACUGUCACCAUCGACGUAGGAUAUGAGCGCUUCCUUGCCCCAGAGAUCUUCUUCAACCCAGAGAUCUACUCAUCAGACUUCCUCACUCCGCUCCCUACUGUCGUUGACGGCGUCAUUCAAUCUUCCCCUAUCGACGUUCGACGCGGUUUGUAUAAGAAUAUUGUUCUUUCCGGCGGAUCAACGUUAUACAAGGACUUUGGCCGCCGGUUGCAACGUGACAUUAAGCACUUGGUGGACGCUCGUAUUCGCGCAUCUGAAGCCCGCAGCGGUGGAGCUCGCAGUGGCGGUCUUGAAGUCCAGGUUAUAACGCACAAACGCCAGCGCCAUGGCCCGUGGUUCGGAGGGAGUUUGCUGGGUCAGACUCCGGAGUUCCGUAGCUAUUGUCAUACUAAGGCCGAAUAUGAUGAGAUUGGUCCCAGCAUCGUGAGAAGAUUUGCCUUGCUUGGUGGGCCGGGGAGCACUUGA